GUAUAAAACUCCAGGGGAAAAUGCUACAAUGUCAUAGUGUUUGUUUUCCUGGUCCUUUCUAAGCUUUUUGCUCUUUCUGUUAAGGACCAACUCAUCAUUCAGAUUUGUUUCUUUCCAAAAAAGGGCUUCAUUCUCUGCCUGUGCCCUCAGCACCCAACCCAAGAGCCUUGGGCUGCUCUGAAGUCCGAGGUCUUCCCUACUCGCUCUGCUGUGGCAUAGCCUUGUGACUCCAUGAGGUCCCAAAGGAGCCAGUCUCCACCUCCCUGUCCCUGAACAUCAAGCCUCAGAAAGCAGGACAGGCAGAAGGGGGGUCAUUUGCUCUUUGUGCUAUCCCAUUGUUUUGUCAGCAUUUAGCAUGCCUCUGAAAUAGGGGAAAGUACUAUAUUAUUUCCCAGAUUUCCUGAGGCUGCAUGUUCCAGUGAUGGCAUUUGCCACUCACCUGGCAGGAAAUCAGAUAAGGGACAAGAGAAGCAGAGCUUGAAUUAGAUACUGCAUCGACCAACGUGCUCAAGUUGCUUGUGUGUGCUUAAGUAAUGACGAUGCUGAGGAUAGUGGAGAAGAAUCCCCCAGGAACAGAACAUGAACAUUAAUUAUAGGGGGGGAAAUAUAUUAUUAACAUCAGACCGCACGCUACAGGAGAUCCCAGUGUGACUAUUAAAGGAAAUUAAUUACCACCUCUCUUUACCUUUCAGAUCAACUCUUCUUUAUAGUGAGAAUAAUUCCUUCUUUGUUACCACUGGUAUUAUCAGCUGUGUGAGAACAGUUUUUCAUGGCAUUCUGUUCACUGGUAUUGUGUAUCUGUAUAGUUUGAAAAUAAAUAUUUGCAACAGAUGCUUUGCAUCCCCUCUGAGGGGAAGUCCCAGAAGCCCAGGCUCAAGCUCUGUAAAACAGAUCGACAUGCUGAAAUACUGCUUCCUCUGCACUGAUAAGUGUGAAAUAACGUCAAAGUCAUUUGCUGUGACAAAACUAGGAGCAGGAUUUAGGAGGUAGUACAGGAGACCUCUUUUCCAUUCUCAUUCCUCUCUUUAUGACUGAGCAGUUAAAAGCCAGGAGACACUCUUACUUUUUUAAACUAAUCCUGCUUCACAAACCCUUUUCCAGAUCCCAGUGUAUUUUCCAAAUACAUCUUGUGUAAUCUCACACAAGAAAUUUUUGCUGGUAAAGUCAGAAUUGAGGUCAAAACUGGACUAAAAGAAAACUCAUUACAACUUCAACAUCCGUAAUCCACCCUGAGGAGAGAGAUGAAUGCAGUGAGCAGGCUAUGCAUGCAUUGUUUCCAUUGUGCUCUUGAUUAACUUAUAAUUCGCAAGUGAGGGAGUGUGAAGGAAACUACUGAGAGAUGGAAGGUCACCAAUUCCAAGAGGAAAUAAAUGAUAUAUAGGCAUCCCAUUCAUCACUUUAUUUGUGUAACAUCAUUUUGGAAUCUUUCUCUCUAGAGUAAUGGCCAUUUAAAAUCUUUUAAUAUUUUGCAAAGACAAGGCUGGAAGCUUGUGUAAUCUUAGGACAAAAGAAUCAGAUAUAAAAUCCACAUCAUGCCAGGGCUGCCAGCACCUCUUUUCUUGAAGAGGCCACUAAUUCCCCAAAUUCUUCAUGGCUGUCCUUGGAUAGAGACCAGAAAUGCUCAUGGAUUCUUUCAACCCCACAUGAAGAUCUGCCAUCAUCCUAUUAUUUCUAUAUAAUAACAAUCCUAUGUGAUACUGUAUGGUUCACCUGUGCAUUCCAAGGAGCAUCAGCUUCUCAGAAAAUCCUCAUUACAGACGUGGCUCUGAUCAGUGUCAGGUUCCCUAAUUCUGGUAUCAAGAAAUGUUUGAAUGCGUGCAUGAUCUCCUCUCCUCAUCCAUAAUUGUGUCCUCCAUUUUUACAGAAUAAAUUUAUUAAUGAGCAAAAGCUGUACAGCAAAGAAAUUGCAUUAAUUGCUCCCUUCAUUUGAAGAAAAGCAGCUGCCCCUCAAAUAAGCAACAAACUCCUGAACCAGUAGCUUCAUUUAUCACUUUGAAAUGGGAGCUGUGUAACAAUAGCUGGUCUAAAUGUGGAAAGAGAUCAGCAUUUGUAUUGGCAAUUUGUAAAUACUGUAAGAGUUUGACUAAAAUAAGAAUUAAAAACAAAAAGUGGUUGCUAAAACAGACAUCUGUGCCAAACAGAGAAAAGACCUGUGCAUAUAUCCCUAAUCUGCUUCUACUGUUAAAGUAAUACUAUAGCAAUAGGACAGCUAGACAUGAUUGAAAUUCUCUCACAUUUUAUUUUCUUCCACAGUUUAUUGCAGAAAUAAUAAACACACUGUGCUGCACAGAGUCAAAUUGACGCACGUGAUCUUCUGCAUUAUUGGUGGCUAAUACGAUUGCUCUGGAGCAGGAAAAACUGCUUAGACAAUCUAAUGGAUGAAGAUGAGAAAGACAGGGCAAAGAGGGCUUCGCGUAACAAGUCUGAAAAGAAGAGGCGUGAUCAGUUCAAUGUUCUCAUCAAGGAGCUCAGCUCAAUGCUUCCAGGCAACACCCGUAAAAUGGACAAAACUACUGUGCUGGAAAAAGUCAUUGGCUUUCUGCAGAAACACAAUGAAGUCUCAGCACAGACGGAGAUUUCUGAAAUUCAGCAGGACUGGAAGCCUUCAUUUCUCAGCAAUGAGGAAUUCACCCAGCUGAUGUUGGAGGCGUUGGACGGCUUCAUCAUAGCAGUAACCACAGGUGGGAGCAUCAUCUACGUGUCUGACAGCAUCACACCUCUUCUAGGGCAUUUACCAUGUGAUGUCUUGGAUCAGAACUUGUUAAAUUUCCUCCCGGAACAAGAACAUUCAGAAAUUUAUAAGAUGUUAUCUUCCUGUAUGCUUAUGACAGAUUCUGCCUCAUCGGAUUAUCUAAAAACUGAUAAUGAACUAGAGUUUUAUUGUCAUCUUCUGAGAGGAAGUUUGAACCCAAAGGAAUUUCCAACAUAUGAAUACAUAAAAUUUGUAGGAAAUUUUCGGUCUUACAGCAAUGUGCCUAACUCCACCUGCAAUGGCUUUGAUGAGGCUGUUCCCAGGGCUUACAGGACAUCACCAGGAAAGCAGAUCUGCUUUGUCGCUACCGUUCGUUUGGCAACACCUCAGUUUUUGAAGGAGAUGUGCAUCGUGGAAGAGCCUUUAGAGGAAUUCACGUCAAGACACAGUCUGGAAUGGAAAUUUUUAUUCCUGGAUCACAGAGCACCGCCGAUCAUAGGAUACUUGCCUUUUGAAGUGCUGGGUACUUCUGGCUACGACUAUUACCAUAUAGAUGACCUAGAGCUGCUUGCAAGGUGCCAUGAACACUUGAUGCAGUUUGGCAAGGGGAAGUCGUGCUGCUAUCGGUUUCUGACCAAAGGACAGCAGUGGAUCUGGCUCCAGACCCAUUACUAUAUCACAUACCACCAGUGGAACUCCAAGCCAGAGUUCAUUGUAUGCACACACAUGGUGGUAAGUUAUGCAGAUGUACGGGUGGAGAGGAGACAGGAGAUGGGCUUGGAAGAAGUGUCCUCAGAGGUUGUGUCCUCAGCACUAAAGGACAGUGGCUCCAGCUUGGAUCCUGAACAGCACUUUAAUGCACUUGAUAUUGGUGCCUCAAUCCUCAGUGCUAGCCGGACACCCUCGGUGUCAUCCAGGAGCUCACCAAAAUCUUCCCACACACCGAAGUCUGACCCAGCAUCUACACCAACAAAGCUGACUGCAGAGGCAAGCACUCCCUUGCAAAGAACAUCCAGCACGCAGCAGGACUUAUCUGCGCACAGGCUCGGCCAGCCUACUGCUCUGCAGGCUUCCUUGCCUUCUCAACCUUCAUGUGAGCUUCUCCCACAGCAGUUGCUGCCUCAAGCAACUUUGCAAAGUCAGCCUGCACCACUGGCACAGUUCUCAGCCCAGUUUAGCAUGUUCCAGACCAUCAAGGACCAGCUGGAGCAGCGAACGCGGAUCCUGCAGGCCAACAUCCGCUGGCAGCAGGAGGAGCUCCAGAAGAUCCAGGAGCAGCUCUGCCUGGUCCAGGAUUCCAGCGUGCAGAUGUUCCUACAGCAGCCAGCGGUGUCCCUGAGCUUUAGCAAUAUUCAGCAGCCAGAGCCGCAGCCACUGCAGCAGAGGCCAGGGGUCAUUUCUCAGCAGCAGCUUGUCCCCAGUCCUCAGCUCCCAGGGCAAAUUGCAUCUCCACAAACACCGAGCCAGCAAGUACUGAGAGAAGCAAGUGUGAUAUCGAGCCAGGGCCCGAAGGCAGAGAGGAGCACUGAGCUGACAACAGGCAGCAGCCGCCCAACUCGCAGCACGGCCACACCAUUCGGCCCCUCCACCCCUCUGUCCCGCCGAGGCCCUGGCCCCAGCUCUGGUCCUGGUUCAUCUGCUGCUGGCUGCAGCCAUGACCAGCAGCUCAGACUGUUGCUCAGCCAGCCUAUUCAGCCUAUGAUGCCCGCGUCCUGUAAUGCAAGACACCCUUCAGACCUCAGCAUGGCUGGAUCCCAGGCUAAAUAUUCUCAAAACCAACAAAUGUUUCAAAGUUUGGAAGUGCAGACUUCCAGCAGCGGCUCUCCAAUCGUUCUGAUGGGACAAGCAGUGUUAAACCAAGGGUUUGCCACAACUCCUCCUUCCCAGCCAUCCUCUCUGCCACCUAUGCAACUCCAGCACCAACAGCAUCAGCAACAACGCUACCUGCAGGUGCAAACACCAAGUUCUUUGCACAAUGAGCAAACUGAUUCUUUGCUCCUGCCAUCUUACUCGCCACAGCAAGGAAAUAUGGGGUAUCAUCAGACACAGCAGCAGCAGCAGCAACAACUACCAAGAAGAAGCAAUAGCUUAUCAGAAUCAUCAAAUUUACCACAGCCACUGCGAUAGAGUCCCACCAGCACAAUCAAUGCACGAUUAGCUUUAACCAACGGGCACAUGGGGCAGGAGAGAAUGACUUUGUACUUACUGUUUCGGCUUUUGCACGAGCCUUUGUUUCACAGCUCUGUGAUGCCACAGAGGACAGACUGCUGCACACAGCGCACUGACGGCACGCUGGAUUCAGUUUGCGCUGUCUUGUGAGCACAGCAUGUACUGGCAGAGCGAAACAAAGAGGAACACUAUCCUGUGCAAACUCCAUCCUCACUGGGUGCACAGGAGGAGGAGUUCCAGCUUGGCGUGUCGCUUGGAAAGCUGUCUGGCAAUUCCAAAAGACUGUUGACAGACACAUGAGGUACUUGGCCUUCACUCUUUCAGUUCUUCUUUUGUGUAUGAAAAGCACUGCGUCAAAGGUCUAUUGAGGAGAGAACAAGAGAUUAUUUUUAUUAUGAUUAUUGUUAUUAUUUUGCACAACUGCACAGAGGACAAAACCUAGGCACUUUCUGUAAAGAGAAGUUUGUUUCCUUAUUCUUGUGGCCAAAUUAGCACAUCCAAUGGAAAAGAAAGCCUGGUCAUUGGUGAAGAUGGUCUACAGCUCAUAACCCUUGAUUUAGAAUCUGAAAAGUAUUAUGCAGCUUACCCUAACUGUUCUUCGUGACUGAGAACAAAACAACAUCAACAAAAAAACACUGGACUGUUUUCUAUAUGAAUUGUGAUUGCAAAGGUGAACUCAAAUUGUAAGCACAAUCAUGCAACUCUCCCGUAAUACAAGAUGGAUCCUUCUUCAAGCUAAAUAACUCACUCACUGCAAGUCUCUGAGAAAUAUGCACUGUGUUUUGGCCCACUGACUCGGGAUGCUGCAGACUAUUACAUAUCUCCUUCAUUAUAACAUUUAGGGUUGAAUUUUCCUUUGGGGGGGGGGGAAGAAGAAAUGCACUUUUCGCUUUUUUUGUAUGUUUUCUGUUGAUAUGUUUCUAAGAAAGAUUUUAUGUAAUUAUUAAAUAAAAAGUAGUGUAUUGUACAGCUGUUGUAAUAAUGACCUAUUUCUAUAUAAAAUAAAAUUAUAUGGAAUUAUGUGGAAAUUAUUUUGUAUAUGAAAUAUCAACUCAUUUCACAAGUAUAAAGAUUGUGCUUGUGCUUUUUUGUGAGUGGAUAUUUUGUAAUAAACUAAUGAAUUAGAAAUGU